AAACCCAUUCAUUAGCUAUAGUUCAUAAGUGUAUAAUCUAUGAGCUAGUUCGAUCACUCAAAAUUCAUGCUCAUUUCAACCUUUGAAAUUUCUAUUGUCAAAUUUGUCACUCAACGUGAAAAUUUUUCUGAACCAAUUUUCUAUUGAAUUUAUUUUAAUUAUUACCGAUUAAACAUGUCUGACAAUAAGAACGCAUCCAAAAACGAUCAAGAUCCUGAAUUAGACGAUUUAUUGAACAGUGCACUUCAGGAUAUGACAAAGAAGAAAGAUGAUAAGCCAAACGAUACCACUCCUGAUGGUGGCGAAGCAAUGCAGAACAUGUGGGGCGAGGAAUUUAUCAAAGAAGCAGCUGCUCAGUUUGAGAGCAACAUGGCAGCUAUCCUAGGCAGUUUCAGUGGAGUGCCAGAGGAUCAGAUAACACAAGAACAAAUUGCAUUAACUUUCAACAAAAUGGCUGAAGCAGCAUCACAGGUGUUAAAGCAAGGUGAAUCGAGUGAAACAGAACCAAAGACAGAUGACACGGCAGUACCGAAGGCAGAUCAGGUCUCGGCAGCCAUUUCGCAGACAUUACAGAAUUUGAACUCCAACUCUGAGAAUCUUCAGACGCCUUUCUCAGAACAAGAUCUAGCGAACAUGUUUAAUAAUUUCAAUUUAGGUGAAGGGGGCCAGGAAGGAAACAUGUUCCUGCCCUUCAUGCAGGGGAUGAUGCAGUCGCUCUUGUCGAAAGAAGUUUUAUACCCAUCUUUGAAGGAGCUAGUCGACAAAUAUCCAAGUUGGUUGAACGAGAACAAGACAAAGAUUGAACAAAGCGAAUACGAAAGAUUCGAAAAACAGCAAACGUUAAUGCAGCAAGUAUGUGCUGAACUCGAGAACGAAUUGGAUAGUGACAGUGAAGAAGUUAAGAGAAAACGCUUCGAGAAAGUGUUGGAGUUGAUGCAGAAGAUGCAAGACCUAGGCCAGCCUCCCACUGAGCUGGUCGGGGAUAUAGGACCGGUACCUCAGAGCUUCGGUCCAGCGGCACAGGAUCCAUCACAAUGUUGCAUCAACUAGACGUCUAACAACUCGAGGGUGGGAUGAUGGAUUAUUUAAGGACGUGGACCUGAUGAUUGUCAAGUCGUUGGUCUGAUUUCUGCGAGUACAGUGGAGCCGUACUACUCAGAAAUUGAAGAUCAAGCACAACUAGUAUUCUUCACCCAGUAAUCAAAAUCCGACUUUAAUCAUGUGUCCGUGAGAUAAGACUUAGAUUAAUUUCAUGUUUAUCAUUUUUUUUUUGUUAAGUCAUUAAUAGCUUCAACAAACAGAAGAGGAAAUGGUACAUAGUGUUUCGUUUUUGCCAAUUUGGAUAUAGGUGAUUUCUUUUUGGUAAAAGUUCCCGCGUAAAUGUUAGAUCUUGUAUACGGGCUGUAUGAGGACUUGAAAACGAGGGCAGGUCCAACUGGUAAAUUCUAAUACAGUAGUACUAUAAAGUAUUAACUAUAUCAAAGGGUGUAAUGCUAUUGGGUUUAAGCUCCAUUUUGAUUAAAACGCAACAUUUAUCUUUGUAAUUAAAAGGUGCGUUUUAUUCGGUAUUAGUAUCAACAAUUUGAUGUUUUUAAUUAAACUUAAGUUUACACAAUUCAAAUUGCCGAAGAAAUGUUUUCCAAAUUUUUAUGGCUCUCCUGUCAAAUAUUGUUUAAACAAAAUUGCCUUUCAACCCUCAAAUCGAAGCCUCCAAUGAACACUAGCCUAACUCCAAAUUCGUAGAUUUACAGGAGGAGCGUUUAAACGAAAAAAGUUGAUAAAAUAUUUAUUAUUGCAGAUAUAUUUAUGGUUUUUUUGUGUAACUAGCUGAUUUAGUCUUGCUUCGAACCCCAUCAAUAAUGAUUACUUGUAAUACUUUUAACAUAGUGAAGCGAUUUGAAAAACGAAAAUUUCAAAAUUUUGACCUAGAGUAGUGUUCAUUGGAGGCAUCGAAAUAUAAAGUUAUAAUAUAAAAUGUUUAUGACUGUGCUCUUAUCUUAAAAAAAUAUGUGAUUAGAAUGUCUAAAAUGACAUAGCAUAAUUAAUGUAUCAAACAAAAAUGUGAUUAGAAAAUUUAAUCAGAAACGGAAUAAUAUAAUGCUUCUUUUGUAUAGUAUUAAUACAUGGUAUUAAAUUUUUAUAAAUGAAGUUUUGAUGUAUUAUCAUAUCUGUCGAAAUGUGGAGGAAACUGAGGACUGUGUCUUGAAAAAAAUACUUUAUAAAGGAUUCCUGUGUGGUUUAUAUUUUUGUAUUUAACUCGAGAACAUAUUUGUUUUUAGAUCAAUUAUUUAAAGACAAACUAAUCAGGAACUGGUCGAGUAAUUAAUUGAUUUUAGUAGCAGUGAAUAAUUAAGGAUAUAUAUGUAUAUAUGUAAUGAUUUCAGUUUGAAAGUCUGUGACCUUGAAUUUAGACAUAACUCAUAGUAAAGUCACACUUAAUAGUUAUCAAUCUGUUGUAAGCCCAAGUAGGUAAUCCUAUUUUGUCCCCGCGAGCACGAGCGACAUUUACGUAGCCUACGGACUCAACUUGUAUGCUGUUAGUUGUGACAAUACCAUUGAGUUAUUUUCGGAGAUCCAAAUCUGUUUGCGGACUAAGGAUUUGUUUUUAAACUCAUUUCUGUUUUUAUUGGGUGAGACUUUCACUCGCCGAAGUUGUUUAUAUAUUUAUGAGUUAUUCAUUACCUCGUAAAAUUAAAAGCUUAAUGUUUUAUAAUGUAAACAUUUUCAAAGCUACAGCUGUAGAGUUAAGAAACAAGAAUGGUUUGUAUAUAUCAAAGCGACCACAUUAACGAUAACAAUUCUUCAAAUAAUUGACUAAAAUCAUAGUCUAGAGGGAAGUACACACGAAUUCGUAUGAAAGUGUUUUUUGCAAAUGUUUUGUUUUCCAUUUUUCGACCCUGAGAUAAAUUCGACUUGUUGCUGACGUGAGCUGUCUGUCACUCUGACAGCCGUAAUUGUCAAUGGGUGACUUUGACAAUGAAAGUUGUGCGCAAAAGAAAUGUCGAACAAACGGCACACGUAUUUGUUUUUAUUUAAUGAAUUUUAAUUACACACGUAAUGCGUUUAUUAAUUAUUUAUUUAGUUGUUUUAGUGUUGCUUUUGUUUUUGUGAUUAUUAAAUUGAGAUGUUUGAGUUUUA